AUGACCCCCGAGAAGGUGCUGAGGGAGGGGGUGCUGGAGAAGCGCAGCGGGGGGCUGCUGCAGCUCUGGAAGAAGAAGCGUUGCUUGCUGACGGAGAAGGGGCUGCAGCUCUUCGAGCCCAAGGGCUCGCGGCGCAAGGAGCUGAGCUUCGCCCGCAUGAAGGCGGUGGAGUGCGUGGAGUGGAAGGAGCGGCACAUCUACUUCACCGUGGUGAUGGACGACAGCCACGAGAUCGACUUCCGCUGCGCGCAGGAGGACCCGGGCUGGAACGCCGCAAUCACCAUGGGCCUCGUCCGCUUCAAGAACCAGCAGGCGAUCCAGGUCGUCCGCGCCCGGCACAGCUGCCGAGCAGUGGUGCAGUUCGACACAGCCCCGGUGGGACAGCCCAUGGACAUGCAGCAUCCCAAGAGCAGGAUGGAGAUGGCCCUCGGCUCGGCAGGCGGUGGGGACAAUGGGAUCCGUACGGGCAAGUGA